AUGUUUGCCGCGACCACCUCGUUGCUCAACAUUGCUGCCCUACCCUCUGGAGCAUUUCUGGAUCGCUACGGUCCCCGAGCCACUGGAAUGUUCUUUUGUACGCUGAUUGCUUUGGGCUGCCUGGUCUUUGCCGAAGGCCCGCACCACGAGCUGGCCUAUGUUGCAGGCUUUUUGCUCAUGGGGGUGAGUGGUCCAUGCAUUUUCAACUCCACCCUGAGCUUUGGCAACCUCUUCCCGAAGCACGUGGGACUUAUCACAGCUUCACUCGUUGGAUGUUUUGAUGCAUCUUCUGCGGUCUUUGCGACCCUGGCGCACUUCAUGACCGAUGGGAUGUCCUUCAGUGAGACAUUUCACCUCUACAUGGUGAUCCCUGCACUCUGCGCUUUGAUGGCAGCCCGUUGGCCCACAAUGCCUGUUGAAUUGCCCGAGGAGGACGUAAGCCUUGAUGAGCUCUCGGGCCGAAGCUUGCAAAACAUCUGCUGGAGCGUCGACUUCUUGUUGCUUUCAUAUACUGCUUCUGUGACAAUGAUUUGCAUCAACUUCUUCAUCGCGACCGUGUACCCACAAAUGCACUCGACUUCAGAAGAGGAAGCAACAUUCUUGAACUCAGAGUUCGCUGCACUUCUACCUGCAGGGGGCAUCGUUUUCAUUCCGGCGAUCGGCAUCGUCAUAGACCAGUUGGGUCCAACCAUUGGUUUUUUGAUCUUGCAGGCACAGAAGAGAGGGUUCGGAACACCGGUUGGCUCUCCCGCCCCGUUGGACCAAUCUCCAAUUUGGCCGAGACCAAGUGUUCCACUUCAUGUUCCACAACUGGUUUGCGGACUUGGCCUGGCAUGUGGACAACGUUUUGGCUUCACUCACUUUGGUACCGUGUUUGGCCUUAUAUUCACAAUCUCUGGCAUUUGCAAUCUGGCCGUUCAACCUCUCGCGGCCUUGGCAGCCCAGCAUGGCUUUGUGCCUGUGAACGGCUUCUUGUCCCUCCUCCAGCUCUCCACUGUGGUGCUGCCGCUUCGGAUCUUGACUACGCGAGCGAAGGCACCAAAAAAGAGAGAACAGCCAAAAGCUGUGGAAGAUGCCUUGAUCAUGCGCAGUUUCUCUAUCCGCAGUUUCACCUUGUAG